UCAAUAAUUACAACUGCCAGAAGAUGCUCAUCACUGUCCGCCCUUCCUUCCCCAAGGGCAAGGCAGCAUUCUCAACGCGGAGGCCAGAACCUCUCAGAACGAUAUAUCCGAUUGGAAAAGUCUCUCCGUGGCAAGGAAGCUCUGGAAGCGGAAUAUGAAAAUUUACACCGAUCCACAUUGACUGGUCCCAGUGCAGGAAAAGACGCAGUUGCUGGUAAUACAGACGAUACGUUUAGAGGACUCGUGAUACCGGAAAAACCAAGAGAGCCUCAGUCUGACGAAUGCUGUAUGUCAGGAUGUGCAGUUUGUGUUUAUGACUUGUACGAAGACUCGCUUGCCGCAUAUGGGGAAGCUGUCGCCAAAGUCACCGCCACACUCAACGUUAUGGGAGUACCAGAGUCGGAAUGGCCUUGGACAUUACGAUCGAGUAGUGAAGCAACGGGGACGGAACGCAAGAAGGAUGUAACAUUGAGUGUAUUUGAGCAGAUGGAACGAGAGAUUCAGCGGCGGAAGGAA